AUGCCAUCUUAUGCCAAGUACAUUAAGGAAAUUGUGUCUAAUAAAAAGAAACUAGAAGAAUUUGCUACUGUGCAUUUAAAUGAGUGUAGUGCUAUUUUGCAAAGCAAAUUACCUCCUAAGCUAAUGGAUCCAAGAAGUUUUUCUAUUCCUUACACUAUUGGUAAUACUGUCAUUGAUAAAUGCAUAUGUGAUCUAGGUGCCAGUAUUAACCUUAUGCCUUUAACUCUUUUCAAUAAGUUGGAAAUAGCUGAAAUGAAGCCAACAACAAUCUCCCUUCAACUUGCUGAUAGAUCAGUCAAGUACCCGCUUGGAGUAGUGGAGGAUAUCUUGGUAAAAGUUGGUAAAUUUUAUUUUCCAGCUGAUUUUCUGAUUCUUGAUAUGGGUAGUGACACAGACACAUCUCUUAUACUUGGUAGGCCAUUUUUGUUGACAGGGGGAGUAUUAAUUGAUAUGCCUUUAGGAAAACUGAUUUUUAGAGUAUGA